GUAUACAUAAAGACCAUGCUCAAGGUUGUUCUCCUCUUGAAGGAAAAAUAGAGAACACGUUCAAAGAAACCUCGUGUGGAGGGGGCAUAUAAGACCACUAUCGAAGAGCGACUUCUAAGAAGAUACCAUGGACCAGUCAAGGUCGACGAUAUCUAAAAUUUUCAAUGGGGAGCCACGGUCGUACACACGCUUCAACCUGACCCAGAACAUGGAAGGCGAGAAUAGCCAGGUGGAGAUGACGCUGUCGUCCGACAUGGACGAGGAGAUGGGAGGUAACGGCGUGGGAGAGCACCUCAGCAAUGCCCGGGACCCCUACGUGGUACGCAAGGCCGCCUGGCGCACGCCCAAGAACAUCUGCUUCAUGGUGGCCGUUACACUCCUCAUCUUCAUCAUCGGCUAUCUGAUUGGCUACCUGGCCCACCGGAGGAAAGAGCUGGCUCCCAGCUGCUCUGUAUCCACCCUCCCUUCCAUUACCCAGGAUUCGUUUGAGACUGAAGAGACCCCUCUCAUGGAUUGGAACGACGUAAAAGGUCUGCUGCGUCAGAAGCUGAGCACCUCCAGCUUCGAGAUUGCGUUCAGCGAGUUUGCUAGUGAAAGCCACCAGGCAGGCUCCUCUGGAGACGAGAUGCUGGGCAACAAGGUGCUGCUGAGGUUCAAAGAUUAUGGCAUGCACACGUGGCACGACGAGCACUACGUCAAGCUCACGGAUCCCCCCGCCUCCGGCUCCAACAGGGUCACCUUCAACGGGUCCGACCUCGGAACACUGGGGGGCUAUCUGGCCUACAGCAAAACUGGAAUCGCACAGGGCGCAGUCCUUCACGGCUACUACGGCCAAAUGGCCGACCUGAGGAAACUGCAGGAUAAGAACAUUACCUUGGAUGGGAGGGUCCUUCUGGUCAGAACUGGCAAAAUAAGUUUUGCUGAGAAGGUGGCUAACGCAGCCAAGCUGAAUGCCUCUGCGGUUCUCAUCUACCCAGACCCUGAUGUCUACAGAGGGAUCGGGGGGUCCAUGCAGCUCUUUGGCCAUGUCCAUCUUGGCUCAGGCGACCCUUACACCCCCGGGUUCCCCUCCUUCAACCACACCCAGUUUCCCCCCGUCCAGUCCUCAGGCCUCCCCAACAUUCAGGCCCAGACCAUCACCGCCGACAUGGCCGCCACUAUCAUGAGCGGGAUGGGAGGGAAAAGCGCCCCUUGGGCAGGUGUAGGCAAAGUGGGAGACUAUGACGAUAUGGCCACGGUGGAGGUCAACAACGUCCUGGCUGAGAAGAAAAUCCACAAUGUGUUUGGCGUCAUUAAAGGCUUUGUGGACCCAGAUCGUUAUGUGGUGAUCGGCGCCCAGAGGGAUGCAUGGGGCCCAGGCUUCGCCAGCUCCACUGUGGGCACCAGUGUGUUGGUGGAGGUGGCCCGUGCAAUCUCAGACAUGGUGAAAAAUGAUGGCUUCAAGCCCAGGAGGAGCAUCGUGUUUGCCAGCUGGAGUGCUGGAGAGUAUGGGAGUGUUGGUGCAACCGAGUGGUUGGAAGGUUAUUUGUCUUCUCUGAACAUGAAAGCCUUCUCUUACAUCAACCUGGAUGGAGUUGUAAAGGGUUUCCAAACAUUCAAUGCCUCGGCCAGCCCUGUGAUGUACACCCUCAUCCAGAGCACGCUAAAGGAGGUCAACACUGAUUCCAAAAUGGAACUCUGCGAUUCAAUCACCGGUGCCAAUUGGACGGAAGCACUCCUGGAGCCUCUGAGGCUAAACGAUCCCGCCUACCCCUUCGUCACCUUCUCCGGCAUCCCAGCUGUAUCAUUCAGCUUCACCACAGCGGGCAAGGAAUACCCAUACAUCGGGACACUGCAGGAUACACGCGAAAAUCUGUACAACGCCACGUGCAACCAGCUGGCCAAGCUGGCGGUGUCUGCAGGGCAGAUCGCUGGGCAAAUGGCCCUGCGGCUGGUCCACGACCACCUGCUGCGCCUGGACGUGACGAUGUACCACCGUCAGCUCCAAAACCACGUGGUCAACAUUAACCGCAAGGUCAAAACCGUGAUGAGGUUGAGGCCCGAGUUGUUGCCCAAGGCCCUGACUGUCCAGUGGCUGAUGUCCGCGUCUGGCUCCUACGGCCGAGCCUCCAACAGUCUGACCUCUGACAUCCAGAACAGCGACCUGAAGGACGAGGCGAUGUGCCGCAGCAUCAACGACCGCAUCAUGAGGGUGGAGAGGGACUUCCUGUCCCCAUACGUGUCUCCCAGGGAGACCCCGUUCCGCCACAUCCUGGUGGGCUCGGGCUCCCACACCCUGAAGGCUCUGGCGGACCACCUGGACGCCCUGCUGAGCAACCACUCAGAAGCCGACGCGGAUCUGUUCCGGAAUCAGUUUGCCUUGGCAACCUGGACCAUCCAGGGCUGUGCCAACUCACUGGCGGGGAACAUCUGGGCAAUUGAUAACGAGAUCUAAGCCUGUCUUGACAUUUAAUGUCCCAUUAAACUAAACACCCAAGUUA